GUUUAUCAACAAAAUAGCAUGGUGGAUGGGCAUCUGCUGAAUUCCGGUAAAUUAUAUCCUGUUUUGUGAAUAUAUUCGCUAUUUGUGCACUUUUACACGAAUGAUUAUUGAUACUAAAUUGCUCCUGAAUUGUCGUCUGCAAUUUCAAUGUUUGUUUCCAAGAUGUGAAACUUCAUCAGCCACCCGCCCUCUCUCUCAACCUCUUUGCAUCAAGAACAUCCGACAUAUCCCAAGACAAGCCCCGCCCAUGUUGAUGUCGUCAUGGUACAUGUAACUGAUUCCCACUUGUUCCUUGCCGGUCACACCGAUCCCGUGUCCUCCGUUACAGAGGAUAUCUUGGUUGCCGCGACAACGCAUAACCACACCCCGCCGGUGGAUGUUGUACUGCGAGGGUGUCUCUGUAAUUUCGACCCUCUAGCUUGCAUCAGAAAUGGAAUCCUUUCAUUGUUUGUGGUUGUACUUGGUCUACUCUGUCUAGUAAGGGUAACCAAAUUGAUUGAUAUUGGCAGGCGAUACCACCAAGUGGCUGUCUUUACCCUCGCAUCAAUAGAAUGCCUGCUAAUAACGAUACAUUGGCUCUUUGCGCAUCAUCCAGCGUUGGAGUUAUCAGUGCAACUCAUGAAGAUGUUCCAGCUCAUUAUAGUGUGUCACUUCUACCUUGCAAGAUCAGUGAGAAUGCUCAAGAAAGAAUAUCUCAAUAGAUUUAUUGUUCUCCCAGUACUAGUCCUGUUUUGUGCUUACUUCUCAGCCAUCACCAUCGUGGGUGCUGUUAUCAGCAUAAUACAUGAUCAUCAGUUAGAAUCAUGUAAAGAUCCAUUCUGGGUGAUGUUUUCUGCGGCGGAAUGUGCUUUGGUCCAGAUGUUCUUGAUGUGUGGACUCUACAUCACAAAGAAACUCAAUAACGUCACCAUGCUACGCAGCCAAAAAAGAGCGCAAAAGAGAAAUUUAUGGAGUAUUAUUCUUGCCUUUGAAUUGUCAUCCAUUGCAACACUCAUCUAUGACAGCUUUAUGUUAGGAAGUAUGGAUGGUCAUACUAGAUGCAGUGAUGUAUAUAACGACAAUAAUGUAUCCUAUAGUGUGGUGUAUCUACUAUUAAUGUUCUUCAAAAUCAUAGUGCCAAUUUUAACACUACUCGUCGUGUUCCAUCCCGUUGAUCGAGUGGACCAGGAAGAAAGACUUAUAUCCAGUGGCUCAGACAGUGAUGGUUACUAUCACCAUCACAGGCGGCUAUACUCCCCGGGGACAUCGGGUCACGGUUUCACCCCUCCUCCCCCGCCGGUUCGUAGCCCCGCCAGACGUACCCAGUCUUUCCCACGGUUACCAAUGAUCACCGAAGAGGCGGAACCAACAAGUAUAAACGCCUCCCUCCCCACCUCAGCGUAAUUUCUGAGAGUGGUAUUCCUUGUUGCUGCUACGUCCUUGAAGCUCUGCCCUAGGUACCCAAGGUUGCCAGUGAUCACCAAAGAGGAGGAACCAACAAGUAUAAACGCUUCUCUCCCCACCUCAGCGUAAAUUUACCAAGAUUUGUGAGAGGUAUUCCUUGUUGCUGUGAUGUGGUAUAGGGAAUAUCUGAAAGAGCUUCAGCUACUACCAUUUUAGAUAGUAUACCAGGAGCUAUUCUGUUGAAGUUGGUUUCAUGAACGCCUUGAGGAUUGUAGCAUUCUCGCUGAGAGGUAAUCCUUGUUGCCGCUAUGUGUUGUAGGGAAUACCAGAAAGAGCUUCAGCUACCAUCGUUUCAGAUAAUAUAAAAACAGGUAUUCUGUUAUUGAUGGUUUCAUGACUGCCUCGUAAAUUCAUCAUAGUAACAUACAGGUUUGUGAGAGGUAUUCCUUGUUGCUGCUAUGUGGUGUAGGAAUUAUCUGGAAGAGCUUCAAGUGCUACCAUUCAAGAAAAUGUACCAAAGGCUAUUUUGUGGAAGAUGGUAUCAUGACUGCCUCAAGAAUGCAUUCAUAUUAGCUACAUGUACAUGUAUGAAGCUUGUGAGAGGUAUUCCUUGCUGUUGCUACAGUAUCAGUUGGGAAAUAUCCUAUUUUAAAGCAAGGUAUCAUAAACAUAAUGAUCUAAUAAGAUGGAGGGAUCCACUAAAAGGCAAAUGUGCUACAACAGUUUCAAUAUGUUUGCCAAAGUUUAUUUUGUGGCAGUUUUGACAGCCUUGAGUUAACGAAAUAUCUUGUCAUUUUACCUUGUAUACUAGAAUAGCAUUGUGAGAGGUAACCCUUUUUGUUG